AUGUACCCCAAGUCGGAAAGCUUCGCGGUGACCGUGCUGACGGAUCGCUUUGUGGUGACAACCCUGCAAGGUUACGUGCUGUACGAGUUUGAUCGGGACAAUAUUCGAGUGAGGGUGGGACAACCUGCGGUAGGGAUAUCAGACGAAUUUACCCAGGAGUUACCGAUUGAGCAGGCGUAUCUGAGCUCCGAAGAUCGCGAAGAUCCGCGGAGGGCGGUUUUGUUCAAGCUGGAUGGUCGGCUGCAGUUUACGAAGCAUGUGCAACCCAUUUCCUACCCCGGUCAAUUCCCGUGGCACGUGGCCGUCUACCAUCGAAUCACUCGAAACCAGGCCAAUUUCGUGUGCGGAGGCAGUCUUAUCAGUCGAAGCUUCGUGUUGACGGCCGAUCACUGCACGAGAACGGCCACCGGCGCAGAACUUGAAAGUGAUGGUCUGCUCGUCCAGCUGGGCCUGCACGAUAUGGAAAGUACAAACUGGGCGACGUUUCAGCAGAGCGCGGUUGAGGACAUCUUCAGGGUUUUGGAGGGGGCUCGAUGGGCUGGGAUGAGGAACGAUAUUGCCCUGUUGGAGCUGUCGAGCACGGGUUGA